AUGGUGACGCAGACGUUCUGCAACUUGGCGGCCCGCAACAGCAGCAUCAGUCGCGACGUGGCCGAUCUGACCGUCCAUUACUGCCGCGACGCCCUGGCCAACCUGGAAGAAGUCCGCCAUGGAAACGAGGAACGGCGGCGCCAAGCUGAAACGGCGGCCAGGUUUCGCGAGCAGGUGGACACGAGACUCUCCAACUUGCAGGAGAGUAUCAUAAGGGACGAGGAGCGGAGGCAGAAGGCCACGAGGAAGGAAGCAGACGCCGCAGAGAGACGGAAGAAGGAACAACAGCAGGAGGAAGAGCGUCGGCAGAAGGAGAUGAGAGAGGGAAUGAAGGAGAUGAAGGAGGCGAUGAUGAAGGAGAUGAAGGCAGAAAUGAAGGAGAUGAAGGAUGGGAUGGUAAACCAGAUUGUGGGGAGGAGCGCGGUUUUGCGAGAAGAAUCCGAGUGGCAGAAGAAGGCGAGGCAAGAGGACGCGGAGCGGCGACAACAGCAGGACGCGAAGAGGAAACAAGUGGCGGACGACGAGGAGAGACAGAAGAAGAAACAACUGGACGAGCAAUGGCGGAAGGAGGAGGAGGAGAAGAGGAAGGAUGUAGAGGCCACAGAGUGGCGGAGGAAGAAGAAACAUCAGGAGGAAGAGCGACGGCAGAAGGAGGUGGAGGCAGGAAUGAAGGAAGUGAUGGAGGCUGUGAAGGAGAUGAAGACGGGGAUGAAGGGGUGGAAGGAGGGGAUGCUAAGUGAGGUGGAAAAGCGGCUGUCAGUAGUUCUGAGAUUGGACGCAGAGCGGCGGCAAAAGGAGGAGCAGGGUAGGAAGGCAACGGAGGGAGAUCGGCGACAGAAGGAGGAUGCGCAGAGGAAGGAGGCUGAGGAGGACGAUCGGGAGGAAAGGGAGAAACAACAGGAGAAGGAGCACCAGCAAAAUGAGGAGGCGCAGAGGAAGGAGGCAGAGGAAGCAGAGCGGGUGGAGAGGGAGAAACAGCAGGAGAUGGCGUGCCUGCAGAAGGAGGAGGCGCAGCGGAAAGAUGCAGAGGAGGCCGAGAGGCAGGAGAGGGAAAAACAGCAGGAGAUGGCGCGACUGCAGAAGGAGGAGAGGCAGAGGAAGGAGGCAGAGGAGGUAGAGCGGCGUCAGAGGGCGAAACAGCAGGAAUUGGACCGCCUGCAGAAGGAGGAGGCGCAGAAAAAGGAGGCAGAGGAGGCCGAGCGGCGGCAGAGGGCGAAACAGCAGGAGAUGGAGCGCCUGCAGAAGGCGGAGCAAUUCUCACUCGUUCAAACCAACACGGCUCUUUGGCAGCAGCAGGGGGAUGGCUUUCAGGUAGCUGCCUGCGCUGGUGUCAGAAUAACUGCGUGGCAGAAGAUGGUGGGAGGCGUGGAGGGUGAAAACGGCUAUUCGACGGAAGAACACGCUGUCGGACUUGCCGCCACGUUGUCUGUAAUGUGGGCCGCAUCCACGAAUGUGGACCAGACCCAGUGGGAGACGGGCGCAACAACAGCUGCACGUGGAACUUCUACGGCCAUAGCAUCUUCUGCUGCCAGAUCGUCCACUGCUGCCACCGCCUCGUCGGCUGCCUCGUCAUCUUCUGCGGCCGAUGUGUCCUCUGCCGUCCUCGAUGCCCUUGCGACGCUUGCAGCCUCGGUUGCUUGCGUUGCGGUUGAGGCGAUGAGGUCGGUCAAGGAUCAGGAGCAUGACAAGGAAGCGUGGAUUCUGCCCCUGUCGGAUGCGCUGCUGAAAGCGCUUCCGGCAGAGUCGCGAGCGGCCGGGGAUACGAAGCGGAUGACGAGGGUGGUGACCUCUUGGUGCCUAUGCAGCAUGGCAUCAAGAGGCCUUCGCCAGCACCAGGGCGUCUGCCUCGGAGUCCUGCAGACGAAGUUGGGCGGCCGGGAUACCACAACAGGGGCGGAUAAGGAGAAGAAAACCAAGAAAUCGUCCGCGAAAAAGAACGCGACGAAGGAUGCGUCGACGGAGGAGAACACCGGCACUGGCGGCCAGGAGUGA